AUGGAAGGUCUUGAAUCUUUUGAUAAGGCUGCUUGGACAAAGGAAAUGUUGCAUAUAUUUUGUGAUAUAUGCAUUAAGGCAAUUGAUAUGGGAAUGAGACCUAAUACUCAUUUCGAUAAAACGGGUGAAUUAGGCACAAUUUCAGCUAGCGAUGAGUGGUGGAAACAAAAAAUUCAGGAAAUUAGAGGAGCAAAAAAAUUCAGACAUGUCGGUAUUGAGCAGUCUUUGAAGAAUAAAUUUGACCGAAUGUAUUCCAACAUUGUCGCAACUGGAGCGUAUGCAUGGGCUCCUUCAUCAGGUGUACCUAUUGACAGUGAUGUUGAUCCUAGUACAAGCAAUGCCGGCAUUGCUCAUGAUGGUUUGGAAGAGGGCAGCGGUGAUUCGGAGGAAGAUGUGAUUCCAGAUUUCUAG